GUGUUUUCAAGAAAGAUUUUCCUGAUUAGUUUCCCCCUUUCACACAUUUCUGUGUACCGGACCCAGGGAGAAUUGGCAGACACAAGAGGUUUAGUACAUUUGACAGCAAGUGUUUACUAAAUCACGAAUUGGACGCAACCUUGAGCAACCUGUUUUCACUGAGAUCUGCACAGAGAACUUGCAAAUGCAUAAAUGUUGUGCUAAAGUGACUCUUCAAACAGUCAGCUGUAGUCCUGUGACAGAUCUCUUACAGGCCACUGAAAUUAGUCGAAAUCUUUCUAUUGACUUUCAUGGCAUUGGAUCAGGCCAUCAAAUCUUCAGCCUGUACAAUAAUUGCUUUCUUUGUGUUGCCUGGGAGUAAUUCUGUGGCCUGCUGUCCUGUCGCUGUUGGUCAACAGAGUGAAAAACUCGGAAUCAAGCUGGAAACUGGAAGGGUGGAGGCUGUUGAGAGGAGAAAAACAACAUCUAUGUAUUAGAAGCCUAGGAAACUUACAUGACAAGAAUGGUGCUUCCACUAUGGGAAAUGUGCCUUUACCUGUUUCUUUCAUUUGGCUUUCACUUUUACUCUUUCUAUGAAGUGUACAAAGUUUCCAGAGAGUAUGAAGAGGAGCUUGACAGAGAAUUUGAAUUGGAGAAAAAUGCUCUGUUUUGGGGACUUAAAAAGGAUCCCACAGACUUUGAAUGGAGUUUCUGGAUGGAAUGGGGAAAGGGAUGUAUACUGUGGCUUCUGUUUGGCCAUCUAGCGGUAUCACAGAUAUCCAGACUCUUCCUGGAUAAGUACAAACCCUGGUGUCUCAUGACUUAUGGAAUGAUAGCCUGCUGGUUUCUAUUAGGAAUCAAGGGCUUGGCACUGAUUUUGCUGCAUAUAUUUAUUUCAUUUUCUGUGGCCCAGUUCCAAAUGUCAAUCCUGACGUGGCUGUGCUCACUUCUUUUGUUGUCGACUUUGCGCAUACCAGCUUUGGAAGAAGCAAAGAGAGGGUGGUAUGAUACUGAAAAUGAAUAUUACUUGCUUCUCUUCACCCUGACUGUUCGUUGCAUCUACUACACAAGUUUCAGCCUAGAGUACUGCUGGCAUGGGUCUACUCAGAAGCGGUACCACUCAUUCCUCUGGAUGCUGGCCUACAUGUUCUACUAUCCUGUGUUCCACAAUGGACCCAUUAUGAACUUUGAUGAAUAUAGUAAGCAGAUGAGGAGACAAGAAGCCUGCUGUCUGAAGACUAAUUUUCGCAUUUUAAUCCUGGGCAUGGUUCGCAUUUUCUUUUGGUGGUGGCUGGCAGAGCUGAUGAUUCAUCUUAUGUAUAUGCAUGCCUUCUACAGUAGUUCUCCACAUCUGGAAGCUAUGUCUGACUGGACCUUAGGUGGCCUGGCUUUAGCUCAGGUACUAUUCUUUUAUGUGAAAUACUUGGUUCUCUUUGGUGUUCCUGCACUUAUUAUUCAAAUGGAUGGACUCAAACCUCCUGCCUUACCUCGUUGUGUGAGCACAAUGCAUAGUUUCACUGGAAUGUGGAGAAGUUUUGAUGUUGGACUACAUCAUUUUCUGAUCAGGUACAUUUACAUCCCGAUGGGAGGAUCCCAGUGUAGUGUUGUUGGGAUGUUAUUCUCCACAGCAAUUACUUUUGCCUUUGUAAGUUAUUGGCACGGAGGCCAUAACUACCUUUGGUACUGGGCAGCACUAAAUUGGCUUGGAGUAACUGCAGAAAAUGGAGUCAAGAGGCUACUCUCUGUUUCACUUGUUCGAGACUUAAUUGAUCAUUUCUUUUUACCGAGAAUUUGUCGUCGACUUCAUGCUGUCCUGGCAGCUGUUUCAACUUCAAUGUUGAUUUUAUCCAAUCUAGUGUUCCUUGGCGGAAAUGACGUUGGGAAGAUCUACUGGGACUGGAUCUGUGUGAAAGGCAAGUUAUUUUUCAAACGUUUCUUUGAGACUGCUGGACCAGACCCUCAUCUCAAUACCAAGGUGUACAUUUGCAUCUUUUUUUUUCCUUUUAUUGAUUUUAUUCUUAAAUUCAAGUAUUAG